GCAGCGCCCAGCCGUGAAUAAAGCGCAGCUCGGAUCUAUCAGGCGCCCUUUUGACGGCCGCGCUCCCCUCUGCAGGCAUGAAGGUUCUUUCGUUUUCUGUGGUUGCGGCGGUCUGUUGUGUUAUUGCAGCCACAACAAACGAGACGGAAAAAGAUCCGGCCGAGAAAUCUGUGAAAACUAAAAAGGCUAAAAAGGUCAAAAUCAAAGAGGAGAAUGGAAUUCUUAUGCUUAAAGGGAAAAAUUACGUACAAGCCAUUGACCAACAUAAGCGGCUCCUCGUUUAUUUCCAUGCCCCAAUGUCAGGGGAUUCACAGACACUUCUCCUGGAGUUUAAAAGUGCUGCGACUCUGAUGAAGAACGACUCUUCCAAGAUUCACUUUGGCAUGGUCGAUGUCUCGCAAGAGAAAAGUCUGGCUAAAGAGCUCAAUGUCACAAGCUUCCCAGCUCUGUGGUUUUACACUGAAGACGAGGAAAGCCCCACCGUAUGUCCAGCAUUAAGGACUGCUUCCUCCAUUGUGACCUGGCUCCAGAGAAGAACAGGCCCCAGUGCAACCCUUAUUAAAGAUGGAAGCCAUGCUGAAACCUUCUUAAAAUCCGGGAAUGUGGUUGUUCUUGGCUUCUUUCAGGACCUUGAAGAUGCUGAAGUUCAGAUCUUUUAUGAGGCAGCUAAGGACAUUCCAGAUCUCCCAUUUGGAGUCACAAAAAACAAAAUUGUGUUUAAUAAAUAUGGCAUUACAGGAGACACUGUCCUGCUGUCUAAAAAGAAAGAGAAAAAUCCAUUUUUAUAUGAAGUAUCGAAUGAAACUUCAAAGAAAGAUCUUAUUAGAUUCGUAAGGGUUAAUGAAAUGGAUCUGGUAACGGAAUACACAAGGGCGUCAUCGGGAAAAAUAUUUGAUGCUCUCGUUACCAGCCAUAUGCUACUGUUUACUAACAAAAGUGCUGAAGACUUUGGCGUCAUCUAUGAAAAUUUUGAAGCAAUAGCAGCUGAAUUCAAAGGAAAGAUUUUGUGCGUCUUUGUCAACACUGAUGAACCCAGGAACGGACGCAUCUUUGAACACUUCCGGGUGAGGGAUGUCGACUGUCCGGCUGUCCGUAUCAUCGACCUCACAACCAGCGUGCAGUACCAAAUGCAAGCCGAUGAAGUCAGCAUUGACAACGUGAAGAAAUUUGCUGAAGAUUUUCUAGGAGGCAAAGCAAAGCCCAAGCUUGAGAGUGAGCCAAUUCCAGAAGACUGGGAUAAACAUCCUGUCAAGGAGCUAGUCGGAAGAAACUUUGAAAGAGUUGCUUUUAAUGAUGAAAGAAACGUCUUUGUAAUGUUCUAUGCACCAUGGUCAGAAGAAUGUCAGAAACUGUUCCCAAUCUUGGAAAAACUUGGAAAAGUCUAUGAGCAUCACGAGAGCGUAGUCAUUGCCAAAAUUGACAGCACUGCCAAUGAUGUGCACACUGUCCUCUUGGAGCGUUACCCUAUGUUCAAAUUCUUUCCAGCCACAUAUGUGGAAAAGAUUGUUCCCUACCAAGAAGAAAAAACUUUAGAGGCCUUUGUUCAUUUUAUUGAAAAACAACUUAAAGAGCUUCAGGAAGAAAAAGAAAAGGAAAAAGAAACCAAAGAAUCCAAACAUUCAGAUGAAAAAUUGAAGGAGGAACUUUAAAAAUAAAUCAGGAACUUCAACGAAGCUGAAGAGGAACCUAUACUGCUUACCACUGACAUGAUCUAAACAUUCUGAGGCCUGCUUAAUUCACUUCAGUUCCCCAAUUAAGUCUGGAUGGGGAGAAAGUCCAUUACGCCAACAAUUCUAUAUAUGGAAUAACAGCAAUGAUAAUUGUAUUUGUGUUUUAAAUUCUAAGAACCAAUACAUGUUUAAAAUCGGACAUUAAAACUUCCUUGUGUG